ACUUGAGCCUGAACUCCUUGUGAAAAACUGAUUACAAAUUUCUUGGCCAUUGAGAGUUCCAGCAAAGCUUUACUUCCUGUAGGUUUUGUGAAAGGGUAAAACAUCUUGCUGCAACAGGAAUGAGUUGUUGUCUGGGAUGACUUGGUCAAUUCAUUUUGUGUUUUCACGGGUUAUUAACAAGUCUGUCACCAAUCUCAGUAACUGUGCUUUGUCAUUCUGCUAACUCAUAAACCUUAAAUAACUUGAGAAUUAAAAAGAAGCUGGCAAAUUGAAAAACAGGUGUCCACAAACAACUUCAUAAACACUCUGUCUGGUGCACUGUAAGUUGUUUCAGAAGGCAGCGCUUCUAGUAGGUCACUUAAGUCAUAGAAAAAGUUGGUCAGUAUAAGGAACUCGUUAUUUUUAUGGCAAGAUGUUAAUGAGAGUAUUUGGACAUAGGGGAAAGAAAAGUGAAUUUGCAUGCUCAGUUUUGUGUUAAAUUACUAGAUCAAAUAAUACCCAGGCAGCAUUCUUGGUUUGUCAGCCAGGGAAAACUAUUGGAAUAUCAGUCAGCAAAUAAGGGCUUCAGUGCAUUUGUUUGCUUUCCUCAAAGUGCUCUGUUGAAUAACACCUGUGGCGUUACCUCUUCAUGUUGCUUUAACCACCCGUCUAGCAUCUGAUCUGCAAGUGUUUGCACAGUAUUAAGAUAAAGAGUGAGGUGGCACAGGAGAGUCAGAUGAUGGUAGAAAUGCGGACUUGUCAGUGCACUGCCGCCACUUCAGAUGAUUCUUGAAUAUUAAAUUUUCCAUGGGAGCUUGCACAGAAGACUACAGGUUAAAAAAGUUAUUUUUCUAGGGUGCAUUAUGUUGUCAGUUUGGUUUGCUUUUUGGUUUUGCUCCAGUAUACUGGUCCCCUGAUCGUUCACGCUUUAUGCAUGCAGUUUUGUUUGUGGGGUGCCUUUUAAGAGGAAACUGAACUCGCUUGUUCAGGGUCUGCUCUGCCCGCAGCAGUCCUUCAGAUGUCACACCAGCAGGGACUGUACCCUCACACUGUGACGUGCUCUCAUGCUGCCCUCCAGAGUAUGCAACAUGCAUCCUUGUCAUCAUGACUCAAGAAUGCUAGCAUUAAUUAAACAAUAAAAAAACAAACAAACAAAAAAAAAAGCCACCCCAAAGCAGAAAGGUGUCAAGGCUGUUGGGAUGCCAGGUGGGAAGCCUGGGGCAAAUACCAUGCAGUGUGGGCAUGGCAGAUACACUUCAGAGAUAACUAGUUGUCAGAGAUAACUAGUCAGCAGUAUGGGCAUAAACUAGACUGACCAGUUGGCUUAACCUGGUGUGAUGAUGGGAAGUGGUGUAGCCAGAGCAGCAUUAGCUCUCUUGGCAUGCUGCUGGGGCUGUCCCUAAUUAGCAGGAGCUGCUGGAUCAUACAUUGAACCUAGGAAAAACGCAGCUUGUCAGGUUACGGCGGAGACGGAGAAUAAAUCUGUAGUUUCUGCUUUCCUGUUAUCUGUUCCUGUAAUCUGUUAUCAUCAGAAAGGUCAGAUUUCGUCCGUCAUGGCUGUGUUUUAAUUUAAUGCAUCCUUGGUAAGAUUCCAGAGACUCCUGUCUUUAUUUUAUUUAAAUUCUCGUUAUUAAUCUCCUUAUAUUCUUAUCUUUCUUCACUAAUGCAGUUUUGUUGAAUGGAUGAAUGAGCCUGAGUAAAACUAGGUAAUUCUGCUGCAGUAGUUAACGUGGUGGAGAAACCUUGAUAAAAAGUAAGAAGAUAGAAUAAGUUAUAAAUACAGUCUCAGUUCUUCUAAUGAUAAACUGGCUUAUAUUAAGAGGCUGUGCAAGAUCAGAAAACAAUUUUAAAAUGUAAUUGAUACCUUCAGCAGAUGAUAACCUUACGAAUCAAGUGCGCAGUGGGUAUGCCUUUAUAAUUUGGCACAGGGAGCAACGGGAUCUUUCUCUUAACUACCUGGGGUUAUCUUCGAAGGGGGGAAGAAGAUGUGGAUGGAAAGGGCACCUGAACUGUGUCUUAAUCUUGCAGCUCUCUUCUGUGCCACCAUUUUAUUUCUGAUGUGGCGGUGCAGAAAAACAUGAGUCCUUACUCAUUACAAAAUGAAGCCGUGCACAAAUUUUGGUCCUCACGUAGGCAAAGAGGAGUAAGUCUUCAGUCCAGAGACCGAAUAGGCACAGGAGGACAAGUUGUGGAUUGCAGUCGGUUAUUUGAUAAUGAUUUACCAGAUGGGUGGGAGGAGCGGAGGACUGCUUCUGGAAGGAUCCAGUAUUUAAAUCAUAUUACACGAACAACUCAGUGGGAGCGACCAACACGGCCAGCAUCUGAAUACUCCAGUCCAGGCAGACCCCUGAGCUGUUUUGUAGACGAGAACACUCCAAUUACAGGAACGAACGGUGCGACCUGCGGGCAGUCGUCAGAUCCCCGGCUGGCGGAGAGGAGAGUCAGGUCACAGAGGCACAGAAAUUACAUGAGCAGGACACACUUGCACACUCCUCCGGAUUUACCUGAAGGAUAUGAGCAAAGGACGACUCAGCAAGGUCAGGUCUAUUUUCUGCAUACUCAGACUGGUGUUAGCACGUGGCAUGAUCCGAGAGUACCUAGGGAUCUUAGCAACAUCAAUUGUGAAGAGCUUGGUCCACUGCCUCCUGGAUGGGAGAUCCGAAAUACAGCAACAGGCAGAGUUUAUUUUGUUGACCAUAACAACAGGACAACGCAGUUUACAGAUCCACGGCUAUCUGCUAACUUGCAUUUAGUCUUAAACCGCCAGAAUCAACUCAAAGACCAGCAGCACCAGCAGCAGCAGGUCGUGUCCCUGUGUCAGCUUCCCGACGAGGCCGAGUGUCUGACCGUGCCGCGCUACAAGCGAGACCUAGUGCAGAAACUCAAGAUCCUCAGGCAAGAGCUGUCACAGCAGCAACCUCAAGCUGGCCAUUGUCGUAUUGAGGUCUCCAGGGAAGAGAUUUUUGAGGAAUCCUACAGGCAAGUCAUGAAGAUGAGGCCAAAAGACCUGUGGAAACGAUUAAUGAUAAAAUUUCGUGGGGAGGAAGGCCUUGAUUAUGGAGGUGUUGCCAGGGAGUGGCUCUACCUAUUGUCCCAUGAAAUGCUGAAUCCAUAUUACGGUCUUUUCCAAUAUUCCCGAGAUGAUAUCUAUACGCUGCAAAUCAACCCAGACUCUGCAGUCAACCCGGAACACUUAUCCUAUUUCCAUUUUGUUGGCCGGAUCAUGGGGAUGGCUGUGUUUCACGGACACUAUAUUGACGGGGGCUUCACGUUGCCUUUCUACAAGCAGUUGCUAGGGAAGCCAAUUACUUUGGAUGAUAUGGAAUUGGUUGACCCUGAUCUUCAUAACAGCUUGGUCUGGAUCCUUGAGAAUGAUAUCACGGGGGUCUUAGACCAUACGUUUUGUGUAGAACACAACGCAUACGGGGAAAUUAUUCAACAUGAACUGAAACCCAAUGGCAAAAGCAUCCCUGUGACAGAGGAAAACAAAAAGGAAUACGUCAGACUUUAUGUAAACUGGCGGUUUUUACGAGGAAUUGAAGCUCAGUUUCUGGCUCUACAGAAGGGAUUUAAUGAAGUAAUCCCACAACAUCUGCUGAAGACAUUUGAUGAGAAAGAGUUAGAGCUCAUCAUUUGUGGACUGGGAAAAAUUGAUGUUAACGACUGGAAGGCAAAUACUAGGUUAAAACACUGUACCCCGGACAGCAACAUCGUGAAAUGGUUCUGGAAAGCCGUGGAGUUCUUCGAUGAAGAGAGGAGAGCGCGACUCCUCCAGUUUGUGACCGGCUCGUCCAGGGUGCCUCUGCAGGGCUUCAAGGCGCUACAAGGUGCUGCAGGCCCACGACUAUUUACAAUCCACCAGAUCGAUGCCAGCACUAAUAACUUGCCGAAAGCUCACACCUGCUUUAACCGAAUAGACAUUCCUCCUUACGAAAGCUACGACAAGCUGUACGAGAAGCUGCUAACUGCCAUUGAAGAAACGUGUGGGUUUGCUGUGGAAUGACCCUUCGCAGCCCUACCUGAGACUCUAUUUAUACUCCUGUCAGCCAGAAAGCCCUUCCCUCAGCCAAGACUCAAGAAAUGCUUGAAAUACAGGAAACUUUCCCUUUUCUACACUAGGACACUGGGAGGGAAAGGACAACUUUGGAAUUUUUUUUUUUUUUUUUUUAUUUCAAGAAAAUAGGUUCUGUGGUUCCUGCCAUAGGAUCAUUCAGCUGCUAUUAAAAACUAAUAUCUUGAACAUACAGAAUGCUGACUUUUCCUACAUUUCAACAGUUAAGCAGUAUUCUAUACUUAAAGACUACUACUAUUUUUGUAAAAGGUAAUCUAUUAUAUUUGCCUACCUGAUUUCUAUUCUCAGAUACCAAGACACAACUUCAGCGGUCGGUACAAGUCACGUUUCAGCCUGUUUUAAAUGUAUGAUACUGAACAUCUAUACCUGCUAUUUUUGGAAAAAAUAUUUUGGAUUAUUCUAACUUUGCAUAAAAUUGGCUGAAAGAAUCAUUAAUCUUUUUAAUUAAAGCCACUUACAUGUUAACUGCAUUUUCUUAUAGUAAAACAUUAUAUUCUGCAAUGUAAAUUCAACUUAAAUGUUACCACAGGGGGCUUUUUUAUAUUUUUCAAGCAUGAAUUACAAAUACGAUGUUUUGGGGUCCUAUUUAUAUCACUUGUCAGAUUCCUUAAACAGAAUUUCUAGUGUGAGUGACACAUACUGUAUUUGGUACAGUACUUGUGUUAACAUGUAGAAUAGACCUUUUUUAAUGAACAGUAGACGUUUUGAUUUUUUUUUAAACCAGCAUUUUUCUAACAAGUCCGUGAAGAGUAUUUUUUUGUUGCUUUUGACUUUAAACACUGCAUUUUUCAACUUUUUAAGUGUGCUGAUGAGGUGAUAUUUGACAGCAGAAGCCUGUCAGCAGUUCGUUUCAGAACCCAUCCUGUCCAGUCAACCAAAGUCUGUUUGAAUGCAGCCAAAUCACAUUCUGUAGUUGUCGAUGCUAAAGAUGUAUCAGGUAAAACACGUUGUAAUCUUUGUCUAGCUGCUCAUGACAUGUGGGUUUAAGUUACAACUAAGGAAAAAUGGCAUAUUAACUGCAAUGUGUGUAAUGUGCUUUGAAAAUGAGGUUCUAAAAGCACAUAAUUUAUUGAUUGUAGGGAUGGAAGUAAAUAUAUAUAUGAAUUAUAACAUGGGUUGAUCUCUUCGAAGGGGAAUAAAAUGCACUACCAGUAGAGGGAACUGAACUUCGAAGUUAGUUUGGGAAUUCUCAGUUAAGAUCUGUCUGAUCUGCUCGUGGUGUGUAGAUUAAUCAGUCUGCGUAAGAGAUGGUGGCAUUCUCCUCUCAGCAGUGGGAAUAUUUGGAGUAAGUAGCGGGUUUUUUUCCAAUCAAUGUUGUGGGUUUUUCUAACUUCGGUUACAAUUAAUCAUCAAAUCUGCACUGUUCUUACACUGCCAACGAGAAGAAAGUCAAGGGUAUUGAAAAUGCUAAAAGAAUGGGAUGUAAAGAGCUGUUCCAUUUUUGCAGUGUAAGUCACCCGGUGAACUAGCUCAUCUUCUGUCUGUUCUGUGGAGCUUGAACUUAAUUUUGUUCUGCCAAAUCUGACUGCCACAGCGAGUGAACUACUACUGGAUGUUGUGUAUUGGAAUAGUGGGCAAUGGACUACUUUUGUAGAAUUGUGGUGAGAAUCUGGUGAGCCAAAUCCACAUGUUCAUUUGAUUAUUAUUUUUUUUUGUACAGCUGUUGCGGGAAGGUUUGUUCUAAGAGAUGCUUCCCAUUCUGGGCUGGCUGCAGAGAUGAGGCUACUUAGGGAUGUAGACACAAAGCCAAGAAGCUCGCUUUGACAGCCAGGUUUGAAAUAGAUCAGACCCUUUUUUUUCUUCAUUUCAAGGGCCAAUUACACUCACGUAAAACGGCCGGUACCUUUGCGUCUGCAGUUGGGAUCCCCAGUUCACAGCUUUCGGGCAGUGCCGUUAAUGCUCCAUCUGGCCAGGUUGCCUGGGAGAGCAAAGUAGGUCGUUGCCCGGUGUGCUUCAUCCUCGGUUCUGCCGCCUGUCGUUGGGACCACUGCUUUAGACACUCCCAAAGACCUCUUCGCCCCCGCAAGUUUUGAGGUAUGAUGUGAAUUCCUAUUUACAGAGACUUCACAGAGACAGGUUUUGACCACUGUUCACAGGAUAGAUGCUCCAGUGUUGGAGAAGUGAUUUUUUUUGUUUGUUUGUUUGUUUUUUUCUUUUCCUGCUCUUGCUCAGGCUGAAGCCUCCCUGGUCAUGAAACAUGAAAAAUGUAAAAUGCAGUUUGAUCCAGCUUUGGGGGGGGGUCAGGACUCUUAUUAGGUGAUUGGAGGGGGGGAUACGCUGCUGUUCCCGUUGCACCAGGCAGCUCCCCUCAGCACCAGCUAAGGACUGUCUCUGUAGUGGCUCCCGACCACAUCGUCUGUACCCGCCUCCCAGGAACCUUCUCCCUACUUGGGCUGGUAGAUUUUUGAAUGCAUAGUUAGGGCCACCCUUAUAUCAGAAAAGCUUUUUUGAGGAGGGAGGAGAUGAGCUCUGCAGAAUAUAGACUCUAAAUCAGCUGGUAACUACCGUUCGUUUUCACAGCAGCCUUAGCAGAACAUCUGCUUGCUCUACCAAACAUUUUGGUAGGGCAUAGAGAAAUCUUUUUAACUGACACAGAUAAAUAUUGUAAAUUUAAUAUAUUAUAGACAAAAGUAGACAAAUCUACAUUUGACUUUCCAUAGCUGACAGACGAGCAUGAAUAUACCAAGUAUUUUGAGUGCCUUUCUACCUUCCUAAUGACUGAGAGCUUUAACUAAAGCACCUCGUCGCCUAGUCAGGUGUUUAUCUGAAAAUGUUAAAGGGUUGAUUCCUUUGCAAAAUUUUGUUUCAAGAUCAUGUCAGCUACUUUCCCCUCAAAAAGGUGCUAAGCCUAAUCUUGCAUUUUAACCUUGGACUUUCACCCCAUGAUUAAUGUGAAUAUUUAUUUCAAUGUCUCCCUCUUACUGGGUUUUACUUUAUCUAGUCUUUAGUUGUUGUAGAGAGAUGUCACAUCAUGGUUUUAUGCUGUUGCUUUUCAUUAUGAAUGUUUAAUUAUGAACAGUGACUUUUGUAGAUUUCAAAUAUACAGUACACAGUUGAGUUUCAGAGGAUUUAAUUUCUCGGUGUAAAGAGUUUUGUAAUGGUGCUUUGUACAGUAUGUAUUCUAAUUUUUUUUUGCACAUAGUUUCAGUUUCCCUAAACUGAUUUAUUUGUACCAAAUUUUUGUGUUGUACUAAAGUCCAGAGCACACAAGCCGUUUUUUAAAUUCUUGUUCUACAACACUACAUCUGUAUUAAACUUCUGGUGCGUUUAAACUGGCUGCAUUGAUGGAAGUAAAAGCUUUGCUUCUCUGUCAUAAGUGUGCAUCAUACAGCUUCGUGUAGCAUGCUCCCAUGGCUUCAGAUUUUAAACAGCACCACGUAGUUAACAGGUGCCAUUUGUUGUACUUUACACUAUGUAGUAGGUUUCUGGCUCUACCACAUCCUCAGAGCUUUGUCUGUAGUUGUCAUUAGUUUAUACAAGUGUAACUACUCCUCCACAAACUGACAGUUCUUAGUUUAUCAUUUCCAUUGUAUUUAUUACAGAGUGUUUUAGCAUUGGUAUCAUUGUACUUUCACCCAGCUGUUACAUGAGCUUUAACAAAAAAAAUCUGUAUAAAAUGGUUUUUAAGUACUUAAUGUAUGUACCCAUGCAGAAGUUGAGCAAUAAAUUGUAUGCUGUUUGCACUGUCA